CAUCCAAAACUUCACAAACUUGUAAAAAACUAAUGUCCAAAGAUGAUUACAUCCACUUCAUCUAAUCUUCAUACACAACUCAAAAAUCCUCAACCUCAUGGCUCAAUUGGGAAACUUAUAUGGUGUUACAGAAAGUUUACCAGCAGCAAUUCCUAAGGUUCCCUACAUUUUAAGGGCACCUACUAAAAAAUCAUGUAACAUAAUUUGCCAUGCCAAAAAAUUAGAGGAUUCUCAUCAAAAUACUUCAAGAAGGUCUGUUAUUAGCAUUGCUUCUAUUGCUCUUCUUUCACAACUUGGUACUAAUAAUGCUUCUUUGGCUGAGGAGGAAAAUAAGUUGUGGCUCGAUUACCCUUACCCUCUUCCUGGAUUACGUCCAGCCGAAAACAAAAUAUACAAUGAGGAAACAGGAACAAGAUCAUUUCUGAAAACGGGACUCUACAUGGCUAACAUAGGAACCAAAGGAAGUGCAUACAGGCUUGGAAAAUAUGCCUUUGAUCUCAUGGCUUUGGGAGAUCUAAUAGGCCAAGAUACCUUGAAUUACGUCCGAAAGUACCUCCGUCUUAAGGGCACCUUCAUGUACUAUGAUUUCGACAAGGUCAUCUCUGCUGCACCCGUCGAUGAUAAACAGCCUCUCACAGAUCUUGCAAAUCGACUCUUCAACAAUUUCGAAAAGAUUCAAGAAGCUAUAAAACUGAAGGACCUUGCUCGAACACAAUCUUGUUACGACGACACAACAGUCAUCCUGCAAGAAGUGAUGGAUAGAUUUGCGUAACUCAACUCUGCAGAUAAUUUUCUUCCAUUCUUCUUCGUUCUGUUAUUGUACAAGUAAUUUCCGAGAAUUAAACAGAACAAAGAUACGAGUACUAAGCAAGAUAGAGAUCACUGAUAUAUUUAUCCGUGGUUCGAGUAAAAAUA